AUGAAUUCAUUAGAACCCAAACCAUUAAGUAAGACUCAACAUUCAUCCAAGAAAUAUGAUGAUGACAAGAAACCAAAAAAAAGUGAAGAUACUGGUCCAGCUGAUAAGAAGGAUCCACCAAACGAUUUUACUAAAGUUAUUGGAGGUCGUGUUGAAAAAGGUACAAAAAUAUUGGAUUCAUUAUUAAAAGGUUCAAAACAAGAGAUUAUUAAUUUAAUUAAUGGUGACGGUGUUAAUGCAAUUAAUAUGAUUAAGAGUGUUGUUUUGACUGGUGUUAGCUGUAUUCCAUAUAUUGGAGGUCUACUAUCAUCUUUAAUGGAUAUUAUUUGGUCUGCUUUUAGUAGUUCAAAGGUUGACAUUGCUGAGCAGUUCAAGAAAUUCAUUGACCAGGAGGUUAGACAAAAGAUUGAAGAAUAUGACUUGGAUUCAUUGAAAUCACGUUACCAAGGUAUUUGCAAUGUUAUGUCUCUCCAUAAUCAGAAUGUCCAAUCUUGGCUUCAGGCGCAUGGUGAUAAGUCUACAACCGAAACACUUCGUAGUUCAUUCGAGUCCAUCGAUGAAAACUUUUCAGUUUACAUAGAGGAGGCUAGUAAAGAUGGUCAUGAGAUAUCCGAGAUGGUUUAUUAUGUACUUAUUGCUACAAGUCAUAUCGCAUUAGUCUCCCAAAUCAUCUCUUAUCAUCAUCAAUUGGGAUAUGAUUCAUCUCAAUGUAAUAUUCACAAGAAAAGAUUGACCGAUCUAACUGAGACCUACACAAAGCACUGUGUUAAAUUCUACCAAGAAGGUUAUGAUCAGAUCAAAAACAAAAUGGAAGGGGACAAUCUAAAAAUGCUCUAUGAAACCAAUAAUUACAAUAGAUUGUUAAAGUAUGAGAGUUUUAUGAAGAACAAUGUAUUUGAUUUCGUAAAUAUGUGGUGGUCAAUGGAUGUACAUGUUAGAUAUUUAUAUUCUAGAAUAUGUGGUGAUGUUAAUUCAUUAAAACCAAAAUAUGAUAAAUAUCCACCAGGAGAGGAAUUCUUACAUGCAUCAAUUGAUGAGAUUCAUGGUCAUCUCUAUGAUAAACAUUAUUACCGUGGUGAAUUCGCUGGAAUGAAUGGUUGGUGUGGUGCAAGAGUUACUAGUAUCCAAUCAUCGGCAAGAAGAACUCUAAAAGCUGGUGAUAAGGAGAUGGAUCUAGAAUUUGGUAAUAGAGUUGGUAAUCAAAGUGGUUUCCUUGUCAAAACCAAAGAUUACAAUGCUGAUAAACCAUUGGAAUCGUUGUGGGUUGGUUCGGAAAUCGUUCCAUUCAAUAUGAAUAUCGAUGGUGUAACCUUUGGAAAUCAUGACGGUAGAGCCACCCAAUAUAAAUUAGAGUUGGCAGGUCACAAAGUUGGAUAUGUUUUUGGUUUUGGAAAUUGUAUGACCAAUGGAUUCGAUAAUCAACUUGAUGCCAUGUUAGUUGCAUUCAUUCCCAAGUCCCUUAAAUGGAGAGGAUUCACUGAGAUCACUGAUGAAGCUGCUGUCCCUAUCGAUGCCCAGUUAUAUAACGACUCUGAUAACUGUCAAUUCCAUACAAUGAAUUCCGAUACUUUGAAUCUUGUCAAGCUUGCCAAGGGUGCUUACAUCAACUAUCACGUAAAGUACACCGGUAAGUACAAGUCACUCCGUGUCAAAAUCAGACCAAGAGCAACAUCCGAUGGAACCAAGAAUGAUAAGUGUGUUAUGACUCUAGAGUUUUAUAUCAAUGGAGUUAGACACCAGAGUAGCGAACCAACUGACUAUAGAAUUCACCAUUCAACACUUACCUCAUCAAAGGCACUCCAUGUCAUUAGAUAUGAUAAUAUAAAUGAGUACUACAAUCUACCAAAGGAUGCACUUUGUACAUUCAAGCUUAUUGCCUCUGGUGAUUGUGGUUUCAUUUUAUCACAUCUUAUCGUUCAUCCAAUUGGUAGUGGUGAUGAUCCGAUUAUAGAGGGUAGUGGUACACCAUUAUCAUACAAUUUCUACUUUGAUGACAAUUAUGUUUAUGGAGAAGAAGAUGAUAGAACUUUUGAGAUUACCGAUGACUUUUAUGAUGAUGUUGACGAUGUCGAUUAUCAAGAUGUUCUAGCAGCUUUAAAGAAAAUACAUCAUGUUUGGUUCCCUGAACCAAACAAUACAACAGAAAUGCAGAGAUUUCUUGGUAUGAUGGGUUCCACUUCAUCGGCAACCAGAUCACCAAGAAGACUAAUUCUUGUUGAUAAGGAACACAUAACGAAAAUACUAGAAGAGAAUCACAGUGGUUACAUUGCGGGACAUCUUGGAAUCACAAAGACAACUACCAAUGAACUUGGUUAUUUUGAUACAUGUUGGCAAAAUAAUAGUUUUGACGGAUUCUCUAGUACCAGUCCGUCAAAACUAUUAUUUUGCCAACAUUUCAUUGGUAGUUGUGAUAUUUGUCAACGAGUUACCAAAGAUAAAGCGAAAGGUUAUCUAACAUCAUUGGAAAUUCCAACUCGUAACUGGAUGGAGAUAGGCAUGGAUUUCAUGAAAUUACCAACCUCCAAGAAUGGUUAUGACAAUGUUUUAGUAGUAGUGGAUAGAUUAAGCAAGAUGGUUCAUUUGUGUCUGUGUACUACAGAGAUUACAGCCGUGGAGACUGCCAAAUUGUUUUUUAAGUAUGUAUUCCGUUAUCAUAGGUUACUAUCUACAAUCGUCUCUGACCGUGAUUCAAAGUUUACUUCAGAUAUGUCUACACCGAACAGACCACAAACUGACGGUCAGACAGAGAGGUACAACCGUACUCUCAAGUUAAUCCUUUCAAAACAUCAAGAGGUGGUGAAGGAGACAUGGGACGAGCACUUACCGGCAGUGGAGUUUGCGAUCAAUUCAGCCAAGCAAGCUUCUACUGGCCUUUCCCCAUUUGAACUCAACUUUGGUUUCGAACCAACAACACCAUCCAACAUUAUCAACAUCAACAACAUCAAAGAUAUGGAGAUAAGAGAAUUGAUCUCAAAUUAUACACAGAUAGCUAGAGAUAAUAUCUUAUCAUCUCAAGUGCGACAAGCUAAAUAUUACAACAAGAACCGUAAAGAUGACUCUUUCGAGAAGGGAGAGGAAGUAGAAACAAUAUUGCUAAUGGAGUUUUAG